AUGAAGGCUGAAACUUCAAAGAAGAUGACUCAAGAGGAUAGUCAGGCGAGUGGUCUGAAGAAUGAAGACAAGUGGGUUCAAGAAGACCGGUUAACACUUGAGAUCAUUCAGAGUUCUCUCUCUGUAUCAAUCUUGGAAGCUCAUUCAAAGUGUGCAUGCGCCAGGGAAUUAUGGGAGAGUCUACAAAGAUUUUAUGGAAGCAUCUCAAACUUGAGCCGGGUCUUUGAGGUCAAGCAGUUCAUCAACAACCUGAGCCAAGAGGAGAUGGAGUUUGAUCAAUUAUUUGGCAAGCUUAGUAACUUAUGGGAAGAACUUGACACACUGAGACCAAGCUCAGUGGAUCCAGAAGUUCUAAGAGAAAGGCAAGAGCAAGAUAGAGUCUUCAGUCUGCUCCGAGCCAUGAACCCAAGCUACAACUCUCUGAUCAAGCGUAUAGUGAGAGGAGAGAACCUACCCAGCUUAGAGGACGUGUGUGACUUGAUUCAAAGAGAACCUGGAGCACACGGCCUCUUUAUUGAAGAAAGGGAGGAAUCUCUUCCUGUGAGGAGUAUGCGUGAUCAGAAGAGAGAUAAAAAGAAACUAAGAAAAGCCUUGAAGAUCAAAAAGAGGCAGAGACAUGAGAAGAUCAAGUCAAGCAUGACUGACUCCCUUAAAGUUAUGGAGCAGCAAGCUGUGAAAGGUCUAUCUAUGUACUCAGCUUUCACCAGUGAUCAAUUUGCAAUGAUCAAGGAUGGCCCAAUCAAAGCAAGUGAUAUUGAGCCACUGAUCCAAGCUGCAAAAGCCAUUAUCUCCGCAAAGCAGUCUGGUACACAUUCCCUUGUCCCUAAGCCUAUCAUAAUAGAUUCAGGAGGUAAUCAUCAUAUGAUUAGUGAUAGGAAUCUAAUUAGUGAUAUUAGGCCUGCCUUAGGGAAUGUAAAGAUAGCUAAUGGAGAUAUGGUAAAAAUAGAAGGAAUAGGGAACCCUAAGUUGUUUGAUAAAGACUCCACUGCCUUCUAUAUGCCCAGCUUUGCUACUAACCUUGUCUCUGUGAAAAAGGCCACGGUUGACCUGAAUUGUCAGGUGGUUUUUAGGCCUAAUGAUGUAGAGUUCCAGGAUCUUAAGACAGGAAAGGUGAUUGGAGAGGGAAGCAGCAUGGGCAACUUAUACCAUCUCCAAAAGACUAAGCUUUCUUAUCCUUCUUCAUCUACUCCUCUUUGCAUGACCACAUGCUACCUAAUCAACAGGAUUCCCACCAAGGUGUUGAAAGAUGUUUCACCUUAUGAAGUGCUGAACAAGACUUGA